AUGAAGGAAGCCGAAGAACAUCUCAAAGGAAUGGAGAAAUGUUGCGGAUUGCAGACGAUUUCGAAAAAACUCAGAAAGCAAAAGCGCCCCCUAAAGAAAGACGAUGAUGGUGGAGUGAUCUCAGAUCAGCCUAGGAUCACUGUCGGCGAUUCCUCAAUGGGACCACAAGGAGGAUAUGUGACCAGGAUCACCAAUGACGCACGCGAAGAUGAGAUGGACGACACUCUUUAA